CGAUGUGACCUGGAAGUGAUUUCCAAUGUUGCAAAUCCAAAAACAUGGCAGCCCACGGAAACAAUGAAAAGACGGGCGAAGGAGAUCUGUCCUCAGUUAUGGGAUUCUCUGGUUUUGGAAAAAAGGCUCGAACCUUCGAUUUGGAAGCCAUUUUUGAGCAGACUCGGAGGACGGCCAUUGAAAGGAGUCAGCGAGUUUUAGAGGAUCGGCAACAGCAGCAGGUACAGAGAGAGCCCGUUCCCGACGCUGGCCCCAGGACGUCCGGGUCCAGCCAGAGGGAGAAACCGUCUGCCUCCACUUCCAGCAGGCAGCAGGAGAGCAGCGACUCCGAACCCAUUGGCCCCCCCGUGCCCCCUGCUUUCACAGCUCAGCCUGACGAGGAUGAUGAGGCGAUAGGACCUCCACCCCCACCAGGAUACAGCGGCAGCACGGCCGACGAUGACGAUGACGACGAUGACGACAGUCGCAAUGUCGAGGAGGAAGAUGAUGACGAUGAUGACCCGGUGAGGAAGAUCCCAGACACGCAUGAAAUCACACUUCAGCAUGGUGCGAAGACGGUGUCCGCACUGGGCCUCGACCCGUCAGGCGCUCGGCUGGUCACAGGCGGCUACGACUACGACGUGAAGUUCUGGGAUUUCGCUGGCAUGGACGCAGCCUUGCAGGCAUUCCGCUCCCUGCAGCCGUGCGAAUGUCACCAGAUCAGGUCCCUGCAGUACAGCAUCACCGGAGACGUGAUCCUGGUCGUCGCCGGCAACGCCCAGGCCAAAGUCCUGGACCGGGAUGGCUUUCAAGUUCUGGAGUGCAUCAAAGGGGACCAGUACAUCGUGGACAUGGCCAACACUAAGGGCCACACGGCCAUGCUGAACAGUGGCUGCUGGCACCCCAAGAUCAAAGAAGAGUUCCUCACCUGCUCCAACGACGGAACUGUGCGGACCUGGGACCUGAACAACGAGAAGAAACACAAGUCUGUGUUCAAGCCCCGAUCUCUUCAGGGAAAGAAGGUCACACCCACCUGCUGCACCUACAGCCGGGAUGGCAAGCUCAUCGCUGCCGGCUGCCAGGACGGCACCAUCCAGAUCUGGGACAGGAACCUGAGCGUCCACACCAAGUUCCACUGUCGCCAGGCCCACGCGCCCGGCUGUGACACCUCCUGCCUUGUGUUCUCCUACGACGGAACGACGCUGGCCUCCCGGGGAGGCGACGACACACUGAAGACGUGGGACAUUCGCAGCUUCCGGAAGCCCAUCAAUGUGGCCACGGGCCUGACCUCAUACUUCCCGAUGACAGACUGCUGCUUCAGCCCUGACGACAAGCUCCUGGUGACCGGCACGUCGGUGAAGCGGGACGAGGGCCACGGCACGCUGGUCUUUCUGGAGAGACAGACCUUCAGGAAGGUCUACGAGAUCGAGGUGGCCAGUGCUAGUGUGGUUCGGUGUCUCUGGCAUCCAAAGCUGAACCAGAUCAUGGUUGGCACGGCGAAUGGCCUGGCCAAGGUCUACUACGACCCAGUCCGGAGUCAGCGGGGCGCCAAGCUGUGCGUGGUGAAGAGUCAGAGGAAGCAGAAGCAAGCCGAGACGCUGACGCAGGACUACAUCAUCACGCCCCAUGCAUUGCCGAUGUUCCGUGAGGCCAGACAGCGCAGCACCAGGAAGCAGUUGGAGAAGGACCGGCUCGACCCAACAAAGUCCCACAAGCCCGAGCCACCUGUGUCUGGCCCAGGCAGAGGAGGUCGCGUGGCUGCGCACGGCGGCACCCUGUCGUCCUACAUCGUGAAGAACAUCGCCUUGGACAAGACUGACGACAGCAACCCGCGUGAGGCCAUCCUGCGGCACGCCAAAGAUGCGGCAGAGAACCCGUUCUGGGUCGCUCCGGCCUACAAGCGGACACAGCCAAAUCCUGUUUUUGCCGAUGAAGAAUCCGAGGACGAAGAGGCCGACAAGGAGCCACAGUGGAAGAAAAGAAAAAUCUGACGAGGGGAGGACCUCUUCUGCCCCCCCCCCCCCCCUCUCUCUCUCUCUUUCUCUCUCUCUCUCUCUCUCUCUCUCUCUCUGUGCUUGGAAUAUUCAAAGUGGAAUCUGAUGGAGUUACUACCACUUAUGACCUUCAACAAGCAUGCUUGAGAUUUUUCUCUUUGUUUGCGUGUGUGUGAGUGAGUGAGUGAGUGAGGGAGAGGAGACUGUCAGCAGAGACCAUUUGUAAUUACUUUCCAUAAUUGGCUGAUGUCCAUGUUGAACAGCUAAUUCUCUGGAUAGUGUAGUAGCUUGGAUUUGACAGAUAUUCUUGUCCAGUUGUGUGUUUUCUGGCAUGUUUCAAAAUAAACAGCCACCAUGUGUGGUCAGCUUUGUCAUACAA